GAUAACUAGUUUGACACGACACCUGCAUGGGGCACUAACUGUUGUGGAUGAAAGGGACAAGAAGAUAGAGCUAAAUUUAACGUUUAACGGGUUUCGUUUUGGCCAGUUUGAUCCUUUUCCUGUCACCUGAGAAAUAUCACACGUCAGAGGGUCCCCGAACGCCUCACGGCUCUGUUUCGCUUCCUCAGCUGGGUGCUGCAGCUACAGAAACCACCCCGUGUACUUUCAGUUUCAACAUGAUGGCCGCACUGUGAAAUAAGACCGGACUGCAGGAAGUUCGGCUGUUAUCGGGGUUAAAACCAGUCCGGGGAACGAACAGGGUUCAGGCUUCAGGGUCUGUGACUUGCACCCGCAUUGUAAGCCGCUGAUGCCCGACUGACUGGACCCUUCACUCUUCAGUUGGCGGGUCAGAAAUCACCUGGCUCUGAGUCGUUGUGGUUUUAUUCCACUUUUGGCAUUUUGGUUCCACAGAGGGACUGACUGUAAAUAUGGGUCAGGUGGAAGAAGCCAAAAUCUCGUGCCUUAAUCUCCUCACAUGCCACAGAGAGCUGCUGGUGUCCACGCUUAGGAGCAUUCAGUGCCUGUUGGAUAACCUGCUGGCAAGUGGCUUCUUCUGCGAGGAAGAUGUGGAGAUUGUUCAAAGAACCAUCACCAAAGCAAAUCAGGCACGUAAAAUCCUGGAACUGGUUCAGUGUAAAGGAGAGGAAGCCUGUGAAUACUUAAUUUUCGUCUUAUAUAAAGUACAUGAUGCAUAUAUAGACCUGCAGCCAUGGCUGAAAGAGAUCAACUACAAGCCAAGCAGAGACGUAGGAGAGAUGAAAGUGGUGAACACCGACCCAAUCAGCAGGUACUGUGAGAAGCAGCGACAUGAGAUGAGCCGAGACACCAGCUUCAUUAUGUCUUAUGGUCAGCAAGAUGAGACACGGUUGGAAGAGCUCUACACUGACACUGUGAUGGAGCUGUUCAACGACUCUAAUGAAAGUCUUGGCUUUGUACAGAAUUUGGACCAGCUACUGGGAGAAGACGGGGUCUUUAAUCCCAAAGGUGAAAUCAUUUAUGUGAUGGGGGACGCUGGUGUUGGAAAGUCUAUCCUUCUGCAAAAGCUCCAGAACCUCUGGUCCAAAAAGGAGCUCAAGACAGACACCAUCUUCUUUUUUAAGUUUCGUUGUAGGAUGUUCAGCAUUUUCAAGGAAGCAGAACAGAUGUCCCUUAGAGACCUUUUAUUCAAAUACAACUGUUACCCAGAUCAAGAUCCAGAUAAUGAAGUGUUCAAUUACAUCCUGCGCUUUCCUGAGAAGGUUGUGUUUACUUUUGAUGGCUACGAUGAAAUUCAGGAGGACAUAGACCUCCUGAAUGUUCCCGAAGUCGUGUCUCCAGAAGACAAGGCAAACUCACUGCAAUUACUCCUCAGCUUGCUCUGUGGAAAACUACUCAAAGGCUCCAAAAAAAUACUGACGACCCGAACUGGGAUUGAGAUGCAAAGUCGAGUCAUUAGGAAGAAAGUAGUUUUGCGUGGAUUUUCUCCAGACCACCUAAAGACGUACAUCAAUCUGCACUUCAAGGAGCAGGAGCACCGGGACCUGGUGUCAGUUCAGCUGGAUGCCAGCCCCCACCUCUGUGGCCUGUGUUCCACUCCACUGUUCUGCUGGAUCGUUUUUAAAAGCUUUAGGCACCUGCAUUCAAUGCAUGAUAAUUUUAAUUUGCCUGAAACCAGCAACACACUAACAGACAUAUUUCUCCGGCUGUCUGAGGUGUUCCUCAGCCGUUUGGCCACCCCUGCUUCUCCUUUGCUGAAGAAAAGCACCCGCUGCACCUCGGAGACUUUCAGAAUGGGGCUCAGGCCCCUUGCUGGGUUUGCUAAGCUGGCUUUACAGGGCUUGGAGAGAGGUAGUUUUCUGUGCAGCCAAGAGGAGAUGAAUGAGUGUGGACUAACAGAAGAGGACAUGGCCCUAGGUUUCCUCAAACCUGUCAGUGAUUUUGAUGCCAGUGAAGCCCCCGCUACCUUUGAGUUCAUCCACAUCACCCUCCAGUCAUUCUUGGCUGCAUUUGCUCUUGUGUUGGACGAGCAGGCUUCUGGUAGCCUCAUCCUCAAGUUCUUUACAGAAUGCAGCAGGAGAAGAGAGCGGUCCUGUCUCCCUUUAGCUUUCUGUAUCAGCAGCUCUGUGAAGCCUAGCGAAAAGAAGCCAUUUGCAACAAACGAGCACCUGCAAUUCACAAAUCUGUUCCUGUGUGGACUGUUGUCAAAGACUCAAGCAAGUCUCAUGGGACUACUUGUGUCUCCAGGUUUAUUAAAAAAAAAACGAGCCUUGUUGAAGGCUUACCUGUCCACCAGUGUCAAGGUCCACCUGGAGGGCUUACCCCAUCAUACUAAUAACGAAGACAAGAAAGUUCAUGUUUUGCCCCACUUUCUUUGGAUACUACGAUGCAUCUUUGAGACAGGGAGCAAAGAUAUUGCUAAAAUGACAGCAAAAGGCAUCACAGCCAGUUCUAUCAAGCUGGGUUACUGUAAUGUUUACUCGGGUGACUGCACAGCCAUAAACUUUGUGCUGCAGCACCGUCAGAAGCUCCUGGGGCUCGACAUGGAUAACAACAACAUCAGUGACUAUGGGGUGAAGCAGCUCAAGCCUUCGUUUUGCAAGAUGACAGUAGUGAGAUUGUGUGUCAAUAACCUCUCAGACGGCAGUAUUGAGGUUCUGGCAGAAGAACUAUGCAAACACAAGGUUGUUAAGGUUUUGGGGCUUUACAACAAUAACAUCACUGAUGCUGGAGCCAAACUGGUUGCUCAGAUAAUUGAAGAAUGCCCUCAGUUAGCAGUUGUGAAGAUUGGUAAAAACAAAAUCACGGGUGUCGGUGGGAGGUAUCUGGCCAACGCAGUUAAGAAGAGCACUUCCAUAUUCGAUGUGGGGAUGUGGGGCAACGGCAUUGGUGAUGAGGGAGCUGAAGCAUUUGCUGAAGCCUUAAGGAACCAUCCAAGUCUCACCAACCUUAGUCUGGCUGCCAAUGGCAUUGCAUCAGAGGGAGGGAAGUGUCUGGCAGAAGCACUAAAGGAGAACAGCGUCCUCAGGAUACUCUGGUUGGUGCAGAAUGAAAUGACGGAUGAUGCAGCUCCACACUGGGCAGAGUUGAUUCGAGCGGACACUGGGCUGUGCCACCUCUGGUUAAUCAGCAACAGGUUCACAGCUGCUGGGGUCCAACACUUUGCUGAUGCUCUAGCUUCCAACACGAAGCUCAAGGAGAUAUGCGUUAAAGGAAACCAGCUCUCUGAAGAGGAACAGAAACAGUUUGAGUUGGAGAAACGGCUCAUGUUUCACUGACAGGACCGCCGUACACUCCCUGUAUUUCAAACAUGAACCCAUGUUUACUACUGCUGCACUUCAACUAACACAGAAUCACAUCCCUGUGCUACACAAGUUGGCUUGGAAAACUACAGCUUGGAUUCAAACAGGCACUAGGAUUCAACUGGGAUUUAGUUUCUGAUAUGAACUGAUCCGGUUCAGAACCAGAUGUUUUGGGAUCAAAAUGUCAGCAUGUUAUUCCACUCCAUAGCAUGCAAAGUACGGGGCACCACUAGGGACAUUAAUCAGAAUUAGCUUCCCUAGAUGCAUAUGAAGUUGAACUCUUCCACAUAGUUUACUAAAAACCUUGAACAGACUAGUGAGAAGAUUUAUCUUUCAUAAAACAGUGAAACAUAUUCAGACCAUUUCAUUUGAAAAUAAGGUUUAUUUAAAGUCUUGAUGUUUAUUGGAAUAACAGUUUUAUGAAUAUUAUUUGGUCUUACAAUAAUCUAGUCACCAACAAGAGGAUUUAUUGAAUACAUCCUACAAAUCAAUUUAUUUAAAAUAUAGAAAUCAUUUGGGUGAAUCUUACUGAAACAGUUUCACAUAUUAUUCAUGAUUGUUUGGGUGAAAUUUAACAUUAAUUUCAACUAUUUUGUGGCAAGAACAUGAAGUUACAAUAUAAGGCUUUUAUUCUUUUAUUUUAAGCUUCCUGAUUCUAUUUGGAAAAACUGUUAUAUUCAUGCAUGUCAGUGAUCCUUAAAAAACCAAAAACACUUCAAGUCAAGACUGGACUGGAAGUCUAGCUUGAAGCUCUGAACCAACACUUUCCAGUUUAACUGAAUUCAUCUAAAAACAUCCCAGAGAGCUUCUCGCUAGUCUGUGUUCAAGGUUUUCAGUGUAUUAUUGUCCCUGGUGGCAGCCCGUAGCAUGUGUUGGUAUUAGCUUAGUCACAUCUCUGCUUUUCCCUAAUGUUGCAGACACGUCUGCUGGAGAUUCUCAUAGUUUUCUUUGAAUUUAAUCUUUCAUGUUUCAUGUGAGGGAAAUUUAGCUGUGAUUUUCACUACAUGUCUGAAUUUUACAUGAAAACAGGAACUGCUUACAGUAAAAAACAAGAAACAUGCCAACUUCCCUGCAGAAUAUACAUUUUGGUUUUGCAUGUAUACAGGUUUUGUUAACAGGAAUUAUUUUCCAUCACUGUUGCAACCAACAGCUGCUACAUGGUUGCAUAUUUGUGCAUACCCUUAAUAUAAAACUUUACUGAAUCAUAUUUGGUACAGUUCAGAGCUUUUAGUCUCCUUUAGCCGGUUGACAUCCAAAAUCUUUACUGCGUAAUAUUUAGUCCCUCCACCUUGUAAAGGUUUUCAGAUAGUGGUCCACAUCCCUGGUCCACACACCCCACAGGUGACCCCACAGAUAUUGCAUUAGGUUUAGUUUACAGCCAUCCUCAUGUUUAAGAAAAGCUCGUGUGAAGCAGAGCAGCAGAGGGUAGGUCCCCUAAAGCAUCUCGCAACUGGUUUAAUAAUCUAAGCAACCGUUUUUACUUUUUAGGUUGAUUACUUGCUAACUUUAGGAGGAUCAUUAUUCUCCUUAGUUUUUGUCUGACUGCACAGCACACGUUUUGUUACCACUCUACCAAACAAGUAUUUAUUUGUCGUUUUAUAUACAAUAAAUAAAUAUUAAACUGAGUCUGUAUUGAUGUUUUCACAGUGAGUGUUACUGUCUGGUUGAUUGCUGCCUGUUGUGUUUAUGGUCCAAUGAAAUGGAAUUCCCCCCACAUGGAGUUUAGCGAGGCCACUUGUCGGAAUGUUUUUAAAUAAAUAAAAACUUUUAUUUUCUCCCAAGCAUAUUGUUAAAUUUGAAGUAGAUGGUGUGUGCUUGUGUAUUUAAUAUAUAUUUGUACAUUUAUUUUGCCUUAUUUAAUGUAAGGAACAGAUUUUUGGCUUUACAUUUACUCUUUUAUUAGUUUUACAGGUUAUUGCUGUAUUUAGUGCAGUCUGUGUGAACCAGAAUCUCUUAAGGAAUCUUCCCGACGCCUUGUUGGCCUAAUGUGCCAUGAAGAAUUAAGCCAGUUUUGACACCAGUAGUUGCUAGGUGUACCUAAUGAUAGAAAACCAAGAACCCAAACCUGACCUCAUUGGGUUAGUAACUACAACCACAUAGGAAUGGAUGUGAUUUGACUCUGAAUCUCUCUGUAUGGACUGCAUUGACUGUACAUUUCUGAAUAUAAAUCUGAACUGAAUAAAGCGGCUGGUAAGUUUGA